UAAGUGAACAUGGAUGGAAACAUGUUCCUACUGUUCUUGAUUUUAGAUGAGAAAUGUUACGUUAUACAUCAUCCGUUUAUUACUGUAAGUUAAUUUUUCAGAUGUAUGUUAUUUCAGAAGAAAGUUUAUUUGGAGAUAUAUGAUAAGAUUUUUAAAACAAAGUCAUGGAAACUGUAGGAGAUUACGAGUAUAAUACCAAGGAUCUCAUCGGACAUGGAGCUUUCGCUGUUGUAUUUAAGGGAAAACAUAAAAUGAAACAUGAUUUUACAGUGGCCGUAAAGAGUAUAACGAAGAAGAAUCUGGCAAAAUCACAAAACCUUCUGGCAAAAGAAAUAAAAAUAUUGAAGGAGUUGACCGAGUUGCAUCAUGAAAACGUUGUUUCUCUUUUGGAGUGUAAGGAAACUUCUCAUCACGUGUACUUAGUCAUGGAGUACUGCAAUGGAGGUGAUUUGGCAGACUAUUUAACUGUAAAAGGCACGUUGAGUGAAGACACAAUUUGCUUGUUCUUGCGUCAAAUUGCUGCUGCCAUGAGAGCCUUAAAAACUAAAGGGAUUGUACAUAGAGAUUUAAAACCUCAGAACAUUCUUCUGUGCCACCAUGGUAGGCCUAACCCGCCACCCAGUAAGAUACGUCUGAAAAUAGCUGAUUUUGGUUUUGCACGUUUUUUACAUGAUGGAAUAAUGGCUAUGACGCUAUGUGGAUCUCCCAUGUACAUGGUAAGGUACUCUAGUCUGGCCCAGACACCUCAAGCUUUAAAACAGUUGUAUGAGAAAAAUGCCAGUCUGUUUCCAAAAAUUCCAUCUUGGACUUCUUCAAAUCUGACAGAUUUACUUCUGAGACUUUUAAAGCGGAAUGCCAAAGACAGAAUGGAGUUUGAUGAAUUUUUUAGUCAUCCGUUUCUCCAACCAGUCACCAAGCCAAGCUCGCCCGUGCCCAUUCCCAGUCGAAGCUCUUUGUCUCCAGAUGUUCCUUCUCCUAUCAGUUCUCCAUUUGAUUCUCCUAUUUCUGGAAACCUACCACCUUCACCUCAGGGAUGGUGUGGAGUUGGUAGCAGAAAUGAACACAUGGUUGAUGCAGGAAUUCCAAUGGCUACUUCACCAGUAUUGGAUAAGCAGUCUCCAGAUGGCAGAGUAAGAACUUCGUCUUCCUCUGCUGAGGAUCAGGAUUUUGUGAUAGUUCCAGCUGAACUGGUGCGACAAUCAGAAGAAAAUUUCAAUUGUAGUGGUUCAACAAAGAUUCAACAUGGCAGUAGUCCUGACAGUUCACCUUCUAGACCUAAAAUUUCUUCCAACACAUCUCCAAAGAUGUCCAGCCAUGUAGAAGUUAAGCCUCAUUCAGGUAAUGCAACAUUUCAUGCACCGAAGGCAUCAGCAAUAAGUUCACCUCGACCCUCCUAUCUUCCAGUGAGUGGUACUUCUGCAUCACCUCUUCCAUCUCCUGAAGUGGGUACCUAUCAGCAGUCGGAGCCAAUUCCUGUCCCCUCGCAGAAGAAAGCCUAUGAACAAAUACAAAGAAGCCUUGAAGAUGAGCCAUCUAAUUCAUCUGGUUCAGUAGAAGAGAAAGCUUUGUCAUCCCCUUCAUCCACUCACAUGUCUUCUAACCAGUCUUCACCAAAUCUCCCUAAGCACUCUGUACGUAACUCAGUAUCUAAAAGGAAAGAUUCAUCAAGUUCUCAGUCUAGUGAACGUAGCCGAACCGUCACUGACAUCUGCUCUCUCUCCCCUCCUACAGUUCAGUUCACUAUUGGCACACCACCAGGAAGCGGAAGAAGACGUAACUACAGUAGCAGCACACCCCCAUCUAUAUCUGCGAGGCCAACUUCAUGUCAGUGUUUCUCUCCACCACCUCCGACACUAUCUACUUCGCCCUUACAAAGAUCAAAUGUUAUCGUGCCCAUUAACCUCCCCACUCUUGCUACAGGGAAUCCACUGUCACCAAUUCUUGGGUCUCCUAUUAAAGAACUCUCCAAGGCAAAACAGUCGCUGAGAUUUCAGAAAGAACUCUCUAGUACAGCAUCAAAAGGGUUAGAUGUGUACAAGAACAAUAGUUAUUCAAGUCAACGGGUGACUUUUAGCACAAGAGCCAUAACUCUUCCUGAAAUUUGCUCUCAACACUUCUGGCCUGGGAAUGGAUAUGGAUCUUCAGAGCCAAUGGACCAACAGGAAUAUAGUUUACAUAGGUCAAGAAGCUCCAACAAAUUUGGAGAGAGGGGCUUCCAUAGAACUAUCUCUCUAUCUGGAGCACAGUUUAUGUCAUAUAGCCCACCACGAACCAUGAUAAUGCCUUAUCACCACUGCUGUUUAAAUGAAAGGACAACCCCUCUUGGGUCACCCGUACAGUUGCGUCGGAAUUCAACUGGUUGUUGUAUGUUUUUUGAUUCUUCACCUAGUAGCCAAGUUUGUUUCUCCUACGAAAGUUCACCACCAAAUACUGAAGAACCCAUUGUGUUUAUGGCCCCAGACCUGCCAGAGGAGACUAUAUUAGAGAAGGAACAUAAUGAGACGCUGGCGAAGUUAAACUUUGUUCUGGCACUUGUAGAAUGUGUUCUAGAUCUAGCCAAGUCUAAGGGAAACCCUUUGACACUUCUCACAGAUUCCCUAAUGAAGAGAGAGGGUCAGAUGUCAGUUUUCACUGAGGGUUAUAGACGAGCCGAACAACUGGUACUUUUCAUGAGAGCCCUGCAGCUUUUAUCAUCAUCUCUACAGCUUUCUCGUCAAGAGGUCCAGGCAGGUCGCCUGUCUCCUUCUACCUCUGUGAGAAGUGUCCUUCAUACCAUGAAAGAGCGAUUUCACUAUUGUCUGAACAUGUGCAAGACCCUCAACAGUCCAGGGACACUGCAAGCAGCAGGAGUGGACCCCACAACAUAUACUAUUACAGCUGAUCAACUUAUCUAUCACUAUGCCAUUGAAAUGUGUCAGUCAGCUGCCUUAGAAGAAUUGUUUGGAAAUCCAGAAGAGUGUUUCUGCCGUUACCAAAAAGCACGGGUACUCCUACACAGCUUAGCACAACAAAUUCCCAAUGACGAAGACAAGAAACUCUUGAAUAGCUAUAAGGGUGCUGUGGAACGACGACUUUUUGUAUUACAGAGUCAAGGUUACAUUCAGGCCUACAAUACGAUGUGAUAUUAGGAGAACGUACUAAAGAAGUGAUCAGUAAAUAGCGUUCUAUUCAGUUCAGUUUCUGUAGAAUUGCUAACAUCUGUGGAUUAUUUUCUUCUGUGUAUGUAUACAAGUGACCUGGUUCUUUGAAAACUGAUCUAUUACAAUAAGUGCCAUUCAUUUAGCUUCUUUUGUUUUCGCUUGUAUACUUAAACAAUGGCUGUUAAUACAGUUCAGUAUUUAUUCCAGUCAAAUACCACUUUUAUCUUUGCUUUAGAUUUUAGAAAAUUGAUGGCACUGAGUGUAAUAGACCAAGAAGGAAAGCAACAAUUAUAACAAGAGGAUAAUUAAUUAAAAAAUACAGCAGACCAGUUCUUAUUUUAAUGAUUACGGUGUUGAAUUUCAAUUUGAAUGUAACUCUUACAUGGUGAUGACCCGAUACUUUGGAUCACAAUAUUGUAAUAAUUAAAAUCAGAACUUGUCUACUAUAAAAGUUGUUGUAAUUUUGAAUUAGUUAUUCAGCUCAAUACUAACAAGAGAAUGUAAAACAGAAAAGCAGUGGUUAAUACUUCCUGAAUCAAAUUUCUACAAUGUGAUAAAGACACCAUUCCUCAACUCCUGUGAACAAUACCGACUUCCCAAGUGAAUUUUUUGCAUGUUAUUACAAAACAUAAAUAUAUCUUUUUUUCUUUUUUUUGGUUAUUGUGUAAGUAUUAUAUCAUAAUCUAUUAUGUUAAAGUAUCUACGUUUUUAUUGUAUGUAGUGAAUAUUGCAAUAGCAUAAAAUAGUGUCUGUAGCAGGGGGAAGAAUACAUGUUGGAUGCAAGACAUAUGAAUAUCCCCUUACUCGAUGAUAUACAAAGUAUAUCUUGUUCCUUGGUGUUUCAGUGCACAAGUUCAAGUUACUUGUAACUUUCCUGACAUUUUUUUUUCAUUAAAUAACAUUGUUUGUAUGUUAAUUAAGUUGGUAAACAUGUACUUUUAUGAAUAGAAGUAAUAGAAUGUAUGACAUAGCCAUUAAUAAUGGAAUGAUGAGGACAUUAACGUAGGAACAUUUUGUUUUUCUCCGAGGUCGAGUGUAUUGUUGAACGGCUUGCAAUAAGUGCCGAAGUUGAUAGGUUGCAUGCAGUUUUGUGUAUUUAUUUUAGUUUGUGAUGGUUGUGACUUACAUUGAUGCCUUCAUAGAAAAACAAGUUAUAUAUUAUCUUUAAACUGUUGCGUAUCGAAUAGCUUGUUGGGUAAUGCCUAGAUCUCACUAAUAGUAAGUUGUGCAUCUAAAAAAAUGUUCAAUGUCUAACUAUUUGAAAGUAAACAUUUAUAUAUAUAUAUAUAUAUCUAUUGAUAUUUGAGUUUGAAAAAUGUGAUUUUUUUUCUUAAUGUGUACUCUUUUUUUUAUCAGGUUUAGAUUCAGUUGUAUGAGAUAUAUUAGACUUGUGUUGCGAAAGUUAAAUUGUUUGUAUCAAGAUUGUUACUUAGCAACAGGAUUUUAGAUGGUGAUUGUUACUUGGUAGAGUCAAGUAAAGUUCGAGUCAGUGAUGAUAUUGUAACUAUUACUUAGUAAUGUUUGAGUCAGUGAUGAUAAAUGUGGCUCAUUAAUGUUUGUGUCAGGGAUGAUUUUGUGACUGUUACUUGGUAAUAUUUGAGUUAGUGAUGAUAUUGAUGAUUGUUGCCUGGUUACAGGAUGUAAUGUAAUGUUUGAGCAAGCAAUGAAAGUGUGACUGUCACACAAUGAGUAAAUGAUGAUAAUACUAUUUAGUAAAUUGAUCUUUUUAGUCAAUGAAGACAUUGUGAGUGUUACUUAGCAACUGAAUCUUUGGAUUACUGAUAACAUAGAUGACUGUUGCCUAGUAACAGGAUGAAUUAAUAAGGAUAUUGUUAGUACUACUAUAUAACAUAUAUAAGUGUAUGUGUGGUAUAUUACUUCUUAUUUAUCUUGAGUUUCUAGUAUGUUUGAAAGAAGGUCAUAAGUUUUAUGUCGUUAGGAACAGUUACUAUAUUUGAAAUCUUGCUUAACAAUAUGGUUGAAUUUCAUACCAGGAUUAUUGAUAUUAACAUUUUCCUUGUGUUGAGAGGACACUGUCAGAUCUGGGUUGAUGGUGUUUCACCUUUAUAAAGACAUGUUUAUUAAAAUUCAGUGGCAUGGUGGCAACUUUUUCACCAGAGGGGGUAAGAAAAUUUUAACAGCCUUUCCCAAAGAAAAAUGCUAUAUUUUAAAGAAGAAAAAUAAUAUCUUUUUAAUUUGACAACUCAUAUUUCACUCUGAAGAAACCUAAAACAACAUGCAUUAUGUAUGUAUAUACGCAUGUGUUUGUUAAAAGUAGAUUAAUUAUUGUUUAAUUACCAGAAUAUAGUUAACUCGAGGCAUGGGACAAUUCAACGAAAAUGAAAAUAAUUUUGUCACUGUCGAGAUCAGGGCUUAUAUUGUACUCAACAGCAAUCUGAAGAAGGCCUUUGAAGAUCUGAAGUGAUUCUUCAUUCUCUUCAAUGCUAAAAACCUUUGCACAGCUACAAAAGAGCUUACUGGCACUGCAACAAUACUUACAUAGAACUAUGCCAUUUUAGGGUAAAUGUCAGCACUGUGUGUGUGUCUCAAUAGAAGGUUUAGGCUGUAUAUCUGUGAUGUAUGUAUGUAUGUAUGUGUGACAACAGCCUGUACUAGUAACAGUUGAUUUAUCUCAAUUUUGUGGGUAACUUUUGUUUCCCUGAGAGUGGGAAAUGAAAGUUACCUGAAAUUUCAAGAUGAACCUACUAUCACAAACACAGACUCUUGUUAUACACAAAGAAACUUCACGAGACGUCAAAAGUGUAAAUCUGGCUUGUUCUAGAGCAGCAACAGCUGACAGCCGAGGAAUCUGAGAAUAGUUCACAGUAAAUAUUCCAUACUCUUCUUCUCCAGUACUGCAUUCAGGUUUGUCACUAUCAUUAUUGUUCAUUUCAUCAGCACAACAAGUUGAAUUGAAGCUGUCAAAAGGCUUAAAUAUGAGGUUUUGAACUUGGAUCUUAGUUAUUCAAAUCAGGAAGGAAAGAAAAAGUAUAUGGUUUGUUAAUACUGAAGCAAUCCUUUGUCAAGUAACAGUAUAAAAUGUCUGGUAUUUCUAGUUCUCCUUUUCAUUGUCUGGUGGCUCAUCGACAGCCUUCUCACCUUAUGUGUACUUUUGUCUGUGCUAUAGGUAGUCCAACUGUUUGUUAUCCAUAAGCCUAAUUAUAGUUUGGCUCAAAUCUUGUAUCUGCAAUCAUUUGAGGGUACUUAACCAUCUCUAUGUGACGUUCCUAUAAGUAACGGUUUAGGUGGGCAGUCAAAACAAACAAUUCAUUAAAUAAAACUGCUGUUGCCAAGAGCUCUUUUGAUUGGAUUGCAAUUAGAAGACCAGUAGCCUCUGAAUAAUGAUUAACGUCAAAGAAUAAUUUUUUCACUGUUCCUAUCACAUCAGUGAUGCUAUCAAAAUGAAUUAAAAACAACUCGACGUGUUUCCCUCUUUAACUCCAUCGUGCUGUGUCUGUGUGUUACCGUGGUUUUAUUUUUUUAGCAUUCUCAAAAGUGCAAUGAUAUAUUGACUGUGACCAAACAAUACAUAAAGACUUUUAGGAUUCUCAAAUGGUGUGACGGAUACACUGGAUGGCUCUAGCGAAACUAAACGUACUAAACUAAACAUACUGGCCACCUUUUUCCUUUAUCAGUACUUGAAGUCCUGCCACACUUGAAGCUUCAUCAAAGUUUGAGUAAGUAACCGAUGAAAAGUAACAGUUCCAAUUUUUAAGGACUCUUCUAUUAAAUCAAAUAACUUUGCUUCCAAGAUAAACAAAAUAUAUGUUUAAAUUGUAAUGACAAGUUUAUAAGACUUAUCUAAAGCACUGACAGUUUACAUCAUUUUUUGCUAUAUCUACAGGUCUCAAAUUAACUUGAUUAAACAUCAAAUGUUACUUAUUUCACAAAGUUCAUUGAAAAAUUAAAAAAUUUUCUUAGUUUAAUAAAUAUAUAACCAAUGUCACAUUGUGGGUGUCAGGUGAUAUAACAAAUAUAUGCCAUCUACUAUUAAUUUAAUUUAAAAAAAGCAAUAAAUCCUAGAAAUAACAGGGGAGGAGGGCAAAGUAUCCAUUUUUAUGUUAAAACUAGGUGGACUAUUUAACUUUCUGCACUUAAAACAAUAAAACGUGCUGUGCAUAAUCUGUGAUAAGGCCUAGCAACGUGGGCUAAUGUCGACCUAGAUUUUACAGUGUGUGCAUAUAAAUAUCUUAUCUUUGAGAAUGUGAUAAAAGUCCUUCAGAGUUGAUUGUUUUGGCAGAAGUAUGGGUGUGGCUAUGUAGAAGUUUAUUUUACUGUAUAAAGUCAAUUUUCUAAUUCUGUUUUGCCCUAUCUAUUAUCUUUGUAUUGAUUAGAACAUCAGAGCGACAGUUGGCUUGAUUUCAAUAUGUACUGUUUUUAAUUACUCUUUACCAAAAUGCAAAAAAAAAAAUUAAUGAUAAAAUAUUAAAAUAAUAACAAUAAAUGAAAUAGUAAAAUAAAGCCAACUGACAUCUGUUAAGAAAAUUUAUAAACGUCCAUUGAUUUUUUUUGCUCCCUUAUUUACCAGUGCAGGGAGAGGGGGACAACUACCCCCACCACCUUUCUGGCCACCAUGCCUUAUUGAGUGAUAGUAUAAUGUUGCCUAACAAGUCCUAUGCAUUUCUGUGGCAGUCUUUUAGGCAUUUAAUAAACUUAAUUCAUCAUUACCUAUAAACGAGAGCCUUGACUGACCCCUAAAAAUAUGAAGGUUUUUUUUUUGUUUCUUUUAAUGUCACUGAAGCUUGUACAGUGUGUCUGUUACUUGUGACAAAGUGCAUCAGUGAAGUGACUGUGGGUGUAUGAUUGUUUGAAUGUGGUAUAUCUGAAGCUGUGGCGUAAGUAUGUCCUUGCAACCACAGGGGGGGGGGGGCGAAGCCAAAAGGAAGGGCCUGACAAACUUAAGAAUAGCCAACAAGGGGAGAGACACACAAUUAUAGGGGCCCACUUACUUUCAUGUGGGGCAUCUUUUGGAGUGCAAGUGAAGAGCUGAAAACGUGAUCCAAGUUUUCUGUGUACAUAUAGUAUGUGUCGUGAGUAAAGGUCAGUUUUCUUAAUGGAUCGUAUUUUUCAAACAUACUGAAUGUUGUACCUCUACAUACAACCAUAUUGUUUAGUGGUAGUGUAAGUCUACCAUGUGAUUUUGCUGUAGCUAAAAUUGACUUUAUAUCCUCUAAUAAUCUGGGGGAUAUUUUGCUUUAUGAUAUAUGUAGUGUUUAGUGAUAGUUUUAACUAAAUAUUAGUAUCUUUGAAUUAUUUGUGAUAUAUUGAAAUACCCUCCAAUAUCUAUCGUCAUUCAAGUAAGUGAUAUAUAUAUGUCAAGGAUAGAGGUCUAAAUUGGCUGACCUAUCCCAGCACUUAUAUUACUGAUGUGUUUUGUAUGUGUAAAUGUGUUUCGAAUUCAGGGUAUACCUUGUAUAUACAAUUAUAGUGUUUGUUGAAGAUGUUAGUGGAAUUGUUAAAGAGUGGAUGAUUAGGGAUACCCAUUGAACAUCCAUUGCAGUAUAAAUUUUUAUACUUGUACUUAAAGGUAAACUGAUUUAAAAAGUGUUUUGAUAUGUGCUUCUAAAUAUAAUUUUUUAAAAUAAACUGUGUGAGAAUGUUUGGUGCAGAAGUUGACAACAGUGUAUUUGGUGGGUGAGGUGAAAUGAUCCUAUUGUAAAUAUUGUAUAUAGCUGUGGGAUCGGCGUUUCUACGUCUGCAGGGUUGCAGCUUUAACAUGUGAAAUCUUCAGCAUUUAAGAAAGUUCAAGAAAACACAAAUAAUUCCUGUAACCUCAGAACUGUACAAUAAAAUAUGUAAAUAAUUAAGAAACUGUAAUUUUUGUGUACAUGCAUUACGAAAUGUUAGACAAUAUAGGUUCUUCUGAUGUACAAUAUUUGGUUUUUUAAUAAAGAAUUGUUAACAAGUGA